AAUGGAUAAAUUUGGUACUUCCUUUCAGUCUGUUGAGGGACCAACUGAUGGACCUAAUCUAAAAAAUGCUAGAUUGGUAGGGGUAUACAUUGGAGCUAAUUGGAGUGUACCAUGUUAAAGAUUUACACCUUCAUUGAGUAAUUAAUUAAAUUAUUGAGCAGUCGAAUUUUACAAUAAAAUAAAUGAAGACAUAUAAUAAUUCGAAAUAAUUUAUCUUGGAAUGGAUGAGAAUGAGGAGAAAUAUAAAGAAAUAGUAAGUGAUAUGCCUUGGUUAUUUUAUGAUUUCAAAGAGUUUAUAAAAUAUUAAGUGUAUUAUGAAUAUAAAAAACAUAUACAAGGUAAGAAUAAAAAAAUAUAUAUAGGAAUACCAUGUUUACUUAUUUUGAAUCCGAAUAAUGGUUAAGUGAUUACAAAUUAAGGUAGAGGGACAAUUGAAAAGGAAGGUUAGGGAGCAUUUGAGAAAUGGUUAACUUAGAUGAGCUUCAAAUGAU